UCUACUUCAGGUCAUUUGAAUCGCGAGCGUUCAAACUUCAUUGACUGCUUCACGAGGCCUCACAACAUUAGACAGUGCUAUUUUCUGUGGAACUUUGGCCAGUGUUUCAGGGAGGCGUCACAAGCAUGUCUCCGCUACGAGUGUUAUCGCUAGUGGCUGCAGCGCUUUGUAUGCUGUUCCUUCAACUGGAAGGAAUUCCGGUGCCAUCCGAUAGUGCUUCUGAUAGUGGAAUUCAUCCCUUGAAUACUUUGUUCCAUCCGGAUGAAGGCAGUGCAUGGAGUAGCAGCGAAAGUGAUCUUACCGCCAACAAUACCAAUGGUACCCAUAAGGAUUUAUAUGUAAUCAAAGCCGUGGUUUAUGAAAUCGGUCUUCUAGUUGAUGCUCCAGAUAACGACACUGAAGAAAUCGGUGAAGAACCAAUUACGGAACAACAAGUUGAUCUAACGUUCUUCAGUUCCGGCUCCAACAAGACUCACAUCAACCUCGGAGACAUUCCGCUCCCGGUGGCAACAAGUGUAAAUGGUCAGGUGCUCACGGGUAUUGCACCGGUCCACAUAGGAGCAGUUUCCAGCUUGAGCGAUGUUCUCGCCACUUUACCCAUCACCGGAACGAUCGUUAACAUCACCCAGACCAACACGUCAUACAUUGAGCUGACGAAGCAGAAUAUUAGCGACAUAGGCGACCCGGCGAACAUCGUGAGCGUCGCAGAUCUAGCGAAACUACCGAUAGAACCGUCCGGCCAACCGCUGGUGCCAACGGCAUUGGACAAAACCAUUUCUAGCCUGGCGGCGUCCGGUACGCAGUAAAUUAUCAGCUAGUAGAUGGUGGCUUGACGAGAGAGAAAGAAUAACAAUUUGUGAUGACAAAAGUCACACUUCGGUGACGUUCGGUUCGCGUGUAGUGAUAACUUAUUAGAAUUAUUGUGUGAUUUUGUAUUUUCGCAAUUUAUUGGCUCUCGUGUCGGAAAUAUAUACGGGCCAGUGAUUUUUUUUUGCUAUA